UGUACGUCAUCACUAACCUUACUAUGAGCUUAGCCAAGGUUAACCAGAGCAACUCACCUUAACAACCCAUUAUGAAGCUUUACGGCAUUAACGUUCUCCGUUAUGAUCCUAAGCCCGUCCAGUUGCUGAGCACGGUGUCUGAUCUCUCAAGCUUUUCAUUUUUCCAACGUUCUACUGUUGGCGAGUUUAUGGGGUUUUUCACGAAAACAGUAACAGAACGUACUUCCCCUGGUCAAAGACAAGACGUUGAACAGUCAGAUUAUGUGUUCCACGUAUACAAUCGUUCAGAUGGUCUCUGUGGAGUCAUAAUUAGUGACAAGGAGUACCCUAUGAGAGUGGCCUAUACCCUGUUAAAUAAGGUUCUGGACGAAUUUUUGGCAAAGUAUCCUCGAAACAAAUGGGCAGAGGGUGCUGUAACACUUCCCUUCCCCGAACUGGACACGUACAUCUCCAAGUACCAAGAUCCCAAACAAGCUGAUACCAUUAUGCGGGUUCAGCAGGAGCUCGACGAAACAAAGGACGUUCUCCACAAAACCAUUGAGAGUGUUCUCGCUCGCGGUGAGAAACUGGAUGAUCUUAUUCAACGUAGCGACAAUUUGUCAGCUCAGUCUCGUAUGUUUUACAAGUCUGCUAAAAAGCAGAAUUCCUGCUGCAUAAUUGCAUAGUUUUCUCCUCACAGAGAGUUGUUCGUACGGAUGUAGGAAAGAGUAGGCGAAUUUGAGUUUUGUUCCAGCGCUGGAAUGAUUUUGUUACUCUAGUCUUUUUAAACCAUAAGGGUUUUGCGAGAGAAUUCUGUCCCUUUGUGAAUUGAAAGAAACCAAACCUGACCCUUUUUAUUAACUGCUGUCCCAACAAGGGACUACGUGUUGUAUAUGUUACACUCAUCUCAAGCUUUUUUUUUUCUACGCUCUUUUCCCGUUCUAUAUAUAAUCAGCUUUUCACUCACAAUGGUCUAAGCAGGUAAUUUUAGUCAAAUGCCACUUUUAAUUAUAAAGAACAUUGUUUGUGUACCUUUUCAUUUCAGUUUCUAACUUAAAAAGUAA